AAUGUCACACACCUGAUUUCCUAGUUCCUACACUUGGCUGUCACAUAUUAGAAUAAACAUUUUGUCUUAUCUGUCUUUUCCUUUCAAGUUCUGCUUCUUGUGUAGAAUUGCAAUUUAGAUAAAAUGGCAAAGUCAAAGAAUCACACAAAUCAUAACCAAAAUCGCAAAGCUCACAGGAAUGGCAUUAAAAAGCCCACCAAGUUCAGGCACGAAUCUACCCUUGGUAUGGACCCAAAAUUCUUAAGAAAUCAGCGGUUCUGCAAGAAAGGCAACCUGAAGCCUGCUAAACAGCUAGCCCGUGCUGCAGUAAGGAAAGCUGCAAGAGAAGCUAAGGCUAAAAAAUGAACAUCUAGUUAUAAGUCAAUAAAACAGUAAAAAAAGUUCGUUUUUUUUUUAUUACUCUUAUAUACUUACGAAAAACAAUUGUAUUUGUCAAAAUUUA